UUUAACUUGUGUGUGUGAAUAAAAGGCGGCUGAAAUGUACUUUUAUUUAAUUGCAAGUUGAACAUUUCCAUGCUUAUACUGGGCCACAGGGCUUGCAUGUAUCGUUAGAACUGCCUCCACACAGGCAUAGGGAAGGAUUACUAUAGAAUGUUGGCGAACUAUCGUUGUGGAGGGGGAAAAACACGUAGAGCUGAGUCUGCGCGACGCAGGGGAUCACUGCCUACGAAGUUUAUCGGGCAAGACUACGCCGACAAAUCCUAGGACACAUUCGGCCGCACUGUAGCCCUAUAAUUCAUCAAGCCUUCUGAUGGAUGAAGUCUAGAAGCCCUGUUUGAUUUGGUUGUGAUUAGUUUUGAAGAGUGGAGGAAGAAGGAUGUCGGAAUUCAUGCCAUACCCUUACAGAGGGCCAGGAGGUGCUUUGAUGCGCUUCAAGAAAAGAAAGUCACGUUUCACAUUCCAGGAGGUUGAACUGCUGCUCAGUGAGGUGCAGAAAAAGCGCCAUAUUCUAGUUGGAAAGUUCAACCGAGGCAUUUCGAAGGAUCUGAAAAACCGCACUUGGGCGGAUGUGACGGCACGUAUCAAUGAGGUCAGUGAGUGUCAUCGAGAAAUUAUUGAAGUCAUUAAGAAAUGGGCAGACCUCAAAUGCGACACCAAGCGGAGGGUGGCCGCCAUGAGGGCAUCGGGAGCCACGGCCGCCCAAAUCGCACAAGAGCUGUCGCCUAUAGAAACUAUGGUGCACCAGAUCCUUCAGAUGUCUAACCCUAACAAAAAUGUGAGCAGUUUGGCAAAUGAUGACCAAAUGGAUGACGAAGACGAGGACAUUCCAGGUCUCUCUGAGAUACCGCACAGCUUCUCACACAUUGCAAAUGGCAGGCCUCAUUCGUUUGGUUUGCCAAUGCCACCUCCCUUUCACACUAGUAUCCCAGGCAAAAGUGAUACAGAUCUUCCUGCACACAUGAUGUUCAGCAAUUCAUCAGUGCCUCAAAUAGAUGUCCAGACUGAAACAUCAGAAAAGGAAGGCAGUAACAUGCAGUUUAUUGAACCAAGAAGCCAGCCAAACCAGAAUCCUAUUGGUAUUCCUGGAUUCCUCAGCCAUCCUAUUGCUGAGAAGAGCCAUGUUCGAGAAAAACCUAAUCACAACACAACAUUUAACGGCCCCUCAUCUGCCAGUAUCCCAACAUUUAUAGCACCUUCUGCAGUGGCCGCCCCAUCAUCACGUUCCGCUCCUGCUCCUGCUCCCGCUCGGCUCCCUCCCCAACCUGCUCCUGUGGAGCCUCGCAGUCUGCAGGAACGUUUAUCCCAGAGUGCCUCGCUCAGCCUGCAGGAACAGCAGGCCACCACACUGCUGAUAGGGUCGUUGUCUCGCUCACUGGAGUCGCUCGCGGAGUCGGUGCAGAGAUUGGUCCACACCCAGCAGCAGUUUUCACGCGACACCUUACAACUGCAGCGUGACACACUCCACGUCCUGCGUGACUUCUCCUCCAAUGCCUUGACUCUUCUGCAGGACAAGGUCAAUGGACAUCCGUAGCUCUAUCAACAGCUACAUUUGGGAGCAAGUUACACAAACAGUGAAUGCUGAUAGCAAAGAAAAUACAAUAAGCUUGAGGAUAUAGUGACACUAGAGUAUAUGGCAAUCUUUGAAAAUGUUUUAAGAGUUACAGAGCUGACAGGACUAAAAGAUUUCCCUAUUUAUAACAUAAUAACCAAAAUAAGAAGCAUUAGAAUCUAAAACAGGUUCUUUGUAGAGUUCCUUGUAUGUACCGACUGAAUAUUUUCAGUAGAUGGCUGGGUCUCAUAGACUGUUGGACCAAUUGCGUGCUGUUUUAGAGGUAAUUUAAAUGGGCAAAAAAUUAUUUAAUAAUUAACUGGUAAUUUAAUAUAAUUAUAUUUGUGGUGCUUUUUAACAUAUUGCAAAGUGGCCAUUAAAUUGGCUGGUUUUAAUUUAUGUAAUCUGAUUAUUAUUUGAUUUUUCUUUAUUUAGCUUUGUUAUUCUGAUGGUUCUCCUUGUUUAACUUUUAAAUCCGUUUCUGGCUGAAGCGUUGUUUAUCAGACCUGCUGUAAAUGUUAAUGUUCUUUUAGCCAGGUGCAUUAUCUAUUUUAAGUUGUUUCUCUUAACUUGAAUUUCCAAAGACUCAUUAUUGUGUUUUAUUUUUCCUCCAGAUGUGAUUUUAAAUUCUGAUUGAAGGCACAUUAUCUUAGCUGUAGCUCCUAUGGACCUGUGUUUGAUCUCCCAGAAAUGAAGUCAGCGCACUGUUAAAAAAAAUGUCUCCUGCUUUAAAACCCAAUGUAAAGGAUGGAAAUAAAACAUAUAAUUUGAAAUAUUAUUUGAAAUAAUACUGAUUUUUAUUUGAACUGUUUUUCUUCCUUCAGAUUAAAGGAAUAAUCUACCCAGAAAUGAUA